AUGGCGCGGAGAUGGCGCGCGGCCGCAGCAUGCGUAAUGCUCCUCCAGCUGGCUGGAUUGGCGCAGGGCGUCGAGAUGAAGAUUAGUCAAAAAGAUUACGAGAGCCAAAUAUGCUCCGGCAUGUAUUCGCGAAAGUCAUGGGGAGGCGCUGUCGACCCUUAUAUUGACGUCAAGAUCCUCAAACCCGACAACCUCGCCGACAACCAAGAUCCGAUCGUGAGCCUGGUCAUAUUCGAAUGGCAAGAUAGACCGUUGGUCGGGAAACAGUCAGAUCCGGAUGAUCCAUACAAGGUGCGUAUCGACUACAUAUGCGACGAAGCCGCCAAAAACAAGGGCUUCUGUACAGAUGCAGACCUGGGAGCAUUCAUCGUCGCGCCAAACUCGACACGCGUGAAGACCGUUGCUGUGCACCUCUCGAACCCGGGUCCCAUCAACUAUCCUAUUCUACGGACUGGCUACUAUUGCGUCGGCACCUCUCCAUACGGCAAUGUGGAAUACAAUGGCGUGGUUGAGUUCCGGAAUGCCUUUGGUGAAUUACCCGCGGCGCAGAUCGCCAAAUUGCCCUUUUACGCCGCGAUCACUAUCGUCUACUUCUUCCUCGCCGCGGGAUGGGGAUUUCUCUACUGGAUGAAUCGCCAGGAUAUUCUGCCUGUGCAAAACUACAUCACUGCAAUUCUGGUCUUCCUGGUAAUCGAAAUGUUCAUGACCUGGCUCUUCUAUGAUUACCAGAACCGAAAUGGACUCAACGUCGGCGCAAAGGCAUUGAUGGGAAUCGUGUCGGUCUUGAGUGCCGGUCGCAACAGCUUCUCAUUCUUCCUGCUGCUUAUCGUCUGCAUGGGAUACGGCGUCGUGAAGCAUACCCUCGGAAAGACCAUGAUCUACGUCCGCUGGCUGGCAGCAGCACAUUUCGCCUUUGGCGUUAUUUACGCCCUUGCUUCAUUGGCGGUAACACCCGAGAACGCCGGCCCCUUGGUUCUGCUGGUCGUCAUGCCCCUUGCCGGAACUCUGACCGCUUUCUACGUCUGGACGCUGAACAGCCUGAACUUGACCAUGAAAGACCUGAUGGAGCGCAAGCAGACCAUCAAAGCCGCCAUGUACCGCAAAUUGUGGUGGGCGAUCCUCAUGAGCAUUAUCGUCAUUUUCGCCUUUUUCUUCAUCAACAGCUGGACCUUCGCCGGCCAAGGCAACGUCGACUUCGUCCCGAACCACUGGCAAACGCGCUGGUUCAUCCUCGACGGCUGGCUCAACCUCGUCUACUUCUUCGACGUCGCCUUUGUCGCCUACGUCUGGCGUCCGACCGCCAACAACCGCCGCUUCGCCAUGUCCGACGAGAUCGCGCAAGACGACGACGGCUUCGAGAUCGCCUCCAUCCGCGACUCGAUGGACAUCGACGACGACCUCGAAGGCGCCCGCGACGGCGGCUCCAAGCAACCGCCGCCCUACGACGCGCCCCGCGCCGGCGCCAGCGGCAGCAGCAGCAACGCCCGCCGCGACGCCUCGCCUCUCCCGGCGCCCGUGCCGACCAAACCCGCCGGCCUCCCGAGGGAAUCCCUGGACGGCGAGACGAUCUUCGCGGUGGGCGACGAGGACAAAAUGAGCGAUUUCGACGACGACGAUGACGAUGAGGACGAGAGGAAGGGUCUGGCGGGGAAGAGCACAUGA